AUGGCGCCAACACCACCUCACCUCGUGACUGUCCUGGAGCAGUUUCACGUCGCGCCGACGCCGGCACCGGCGGUGGGGCAGCCACGAGCGCUACCGCUCACGUUCUUCGACCUCGUGUUCUGGUCCAUCCCGCCCGUGCAGCGCCUGUUCUUCUACGACAAUGCCGACCUCCUCGACGUCUCCGAUUUCACGCUCGGCGAGCUGGCACGGUUUAGGAACUCCCUCGCCGCCGCGCUGCACCACUUCUAUCCGUUGGCGGGGAAGCUGACGUGCGAGGCGGAGGUCGUGUUCUCGGACGGCGACUCCGUACCACUAACCGUGGCCUUCAGCGAUGACGACUUCCGAGACCUCGCCGGCGACCACGCCCGCGACACCACGAGGCUCCGCGCGCUGCCGAAGCACGGCGGGUCUCGGCCGCAGCAGGGCGUCCUCGCAGUCCAGAUUACGGUGUUCCCACGUGCCGGCAUUUGCAUCGGCACGACGGUGCACCACGCCGUGGCCGACGGUGCCAGCUACACGCACUUCCUCAGCACGUGGGUUGCCGCGCAGGAUGUGCCCCCGCUGUUCGACCGCGGCGUCGUGCGGGACGACGCUGGCCUGCGGGAGGCGUUCCCGCGCGACAACCGAACGCUCGGUAAAGCCGGCGGCGACGAGCGCCUUGACUGCUGGGACCUCAGUCGCCGCCCUGGCGCCGUGCUCGUCACGUUCCGGUUCACCGAGAGGCAACUCCGCGCGCUCGGGAGGCGCGUCGAGUCGGAGACCUCGGCGCGGUGCUCACCCAACGCGCUGGCGUGCGGCGCCGCGUGGGCUGGCCGCGGCAGCGGCAUGGACGGAGGAACCGCACCCGACGCGCACUUCGGGUUCGUGACGGGGUGCAAGCCCCGCGCGAGCCCGCCGAUACCGGCGAACUACUUCGGCAACUGCCUCGGUCUCUGCCGCGUCCACGCAAAGCGUUGGGAACUCACCGCGGCAGCCGCCUCAGCUGCCAUAUGGCGAGCGAUCGAGGGGCUUGCCGAGGCAGGGAGCGUGUUCCGGGGCUCUCGGGGGUGGGUGCACUGGGUGCGGGAGUACGCUUCGGCACGGGCGGUGACCGUGGCGGGGUCGCCGAAGCUGGGGGUGUACGCGGCCGCGGAUUUCGGCCGGGCGUGGGGCAGACCGAGGAAGGUGGAGAUCGCAUCCGGGGAACGCACGGGUGCGCUGGCUCUGGCAGAGAGCGGCCGCGACGGGGACGGCGGCAUCUAG